CCAAAAAUAAUUUAUUUUAAAACUAGGGGUAACGCUAUUAGGCAGCGACCACUUGGGAAGCUGAAGAGAAGAAAAAAGUGCGACGUAGUGUGAAAAUGGCGGCUGUCCUCAUGAACAGAGCAUCGGCACUGGAAAGAAUGGCUAACCAUUUUAGGCUCUCAUUCAACCUUUUCCGUAACUCUAGUACCACCGCUUCCACGGCAAGUCCGCCGGCGGCGGCGGCGGCGGCGGCUGAGGGUCGAGCAAACAAGUCGAAGCGAAAGAAGAAGAAAAACCUAUUUGAGGUGGCCCAGUUUUUGCCCAAUUGGGGCCUCGGUUAUCACGUGGCUAAAACCCACUGGACUGGCAUAUCGUAUCAGAUUACAAAAAUCAACCUGUACAAAGAUGGAAGGCACGGAAAAGCUUGGGGGAUUGUUCACAAAGAUGGCAUGUCAGCUGCAGAUGCACCCAAGAAAAUAAGCGGUGUUCACAAGCGUUGCUGGAGGUACAUACCAAACUCAACGAAAGCAGAAUAAAGUACCCCAAAACCAGAUGUUCAAGCUGCUUGAUAUUCUAUUUGUUUUGAGCCACCAGUUUGGACAAUCUUCUUUAUGAUAUCCGUUCUUUUGCAGUUGAAGUUAUAAUCAAAUUGAAUGUGCAGGAGUGGUAUUGGGAAACUUUAAUUUCUCUGCAUCUUUAUUGAAUUUGUUCAUGUCAUCCAAUUAAAUGGAGAUUUUGUUAUCACCCAAUCAGUUGUCUUGUUAACUUCUCGGCAUUAGAUUUAUUGGGACAAUGAUGAAAGUCCAACUCUACUAUAAAUUUUUGGCUGUCUUUCGGCUUGUCAUUGGUUUGCCAUAGGAUUAAAAAGAUAGCGUUUCUGAA